UGAACAGCCUCAAUGUAGGCAGGAUCAAGUAUUUGAGAAGGGCUCUUGAUUGUCGUGAGAUCAUUCGUCGUCUGUCCAGUGGCUGCAAUUGGUCGCAUGAACGUUUUUUUUUUCCCGGACUCAAGACUAAAGGAUGAAAUGAGGUGCAGAGCUGAAGAGCUGAAGGAAUGGGCGAAUAGAGACAGACGAAACACACACACGGAGAGCGCUGUGAACCAUCUGACUGACGCUGCGAGAAGAUCCUAGUGAAGUCUGACCAUCACAAACGCGGGAAUUUGGAUCACAUUUAGAUCAAGCGGAUUUCAUUGAAGCGAAUGGUGUGAAAGGUGCAGGGCAAGCAUCACUCACACGGCUAUAAGGAUGCGGGUGUCGGGAUCGAGGAUUAAGCUGUGGUGUCCGCUUAUCUCGCUGGCACUGAUUCAGUUUCUCACCCCCGUUUCGGCUCAAGUUCCAGCUCCAAGAAGACUUCGAUUUAAAGUUCUGAGUGCAGGCAAGCUACUUGUCUCAUGGAAGGAACCAAAAGGAGAAUAUGAUGGCUACAAAUUUAUAUAUAGUAGUGAACCAGGUGGCGAAACAAGUGAGUUGCAAAUUGCAAGGGGAGAGAAUAAAGCAAUAAUAAAGGAUUUUAAUCCCAGGAAGGAGUAUUCAGUCAAGGUUAUAGCUGUGAGUGGAAACCUGCACAGCCGAGCACUUCAGGGAAAAUAUACUGCAGAAGACCAGGGCAGUGAUGGAGACACCACUCAGCCUCAAAGAAUGAAAGAACCUGGACCUGUAGAUGAGGGCAAUGAAAUCUUAGGAGUGGAUCAGUUUGUCUGCACAACUUCUGCCAUCGCGGAUAUUGUCAUCCUAGUCGAUGGAUCUUGGAGUAUUGGGCGAAUCAAUUUCCGUCUGGUUCGCAUGUUCCUUGAAAACCUGGUCAAUGCCUUCGACGUGGGAAUAGACAAAACCCGGAUUGGACUGGCCCAGUAUAGCGGAGAUCCACGAAUUGAGUGGCACUUGAAUGGCUUCAGCACAAAAGAUGCAGUAAUAGAUGCUGUCAAAAACCUGCCGUACAAGGGAGGCAACACUCUCACAGGUCUUGCUCUUACCUACAUCCUGGAGAACAGCUUCAAACCUGAAUCCGGGGCUCGUAGCAAUGUUCCCAAAAUUGGAAUUCUGAUAACCGACGGCAAAUCCCAAGAUGACGUCAUCCCGCCCGCUCAGACCCUGAGAAGCGCUGGAGUCGAGUUAUUUGCCAUUGGUGUAAAGAAUGCUGAUGAGAACGAGCUGAAGGCCAUCGCCUCUGAACCAGAGGAAACACACGUUUAUAACGUGGCAGACUUCAGUAUCAUGAGCACUAUAGUGGACGGCCUGACCAGGAAGGUGUGUGACGGAGUGGAGCAACAAGACAAAGAUAUUAGCCGAGAUUCUCCAACUGAAGAGACGGCAUCUCCACCCCAGGACUUGGUCACUUCUGAGGUGACUGCACAUAGUUUUCGUGUGUCCUGGACUCAUGCGCCUGGCAGUGUGGAAAAAUAUCGGGUGGUUUACCAUCCAUCCGGAGCAGAUAUUCUGGAUGAGAUUGUGGUGGGUGGCACGGAGAAUUCAGUCGUCCUGCAGAAUUUGAACUCUCAGACUGAAUACGAGAUUGCUGUGUUCGCUGUGUACCGCAGCGCAGCGAGUGACGCUCUCAGAGGCAGCGAGAUCACGCUGGCUCUACCAACAGUGAGUGAUCUCAAGGUGUACGAUGUGACAGACAACAGCAUUAGAGUCCGCUGGAGGGAUGCAGAAGGGGCUUCUGGGUACAUGAUCCUUUACGCUCCACUGAGCAGUGAGACUACAGAUGAAAGAGAGCUAAAGGUGGAUGAGUCGGUGACUGAUGUGGAACUGACUGGAUUGAUUCCUGACACAGAGUACACCGUUACGGUCUAUGCCAUGUUCGGAGAGGAGGCCAGCAAUCCCGCUACUGUUCAGGAGACCACCAUGUCUCUUAGACCUCCACGUAACCUGCGGGUCACUGAAGUUGACCACAGCUCUGUGCGACUAAACUGGGACGCAGUAUCCAAUAAGGUUAAGGGCUACCGUGUCGUGUACUUGAAGACAGAUGGUGUCCAGACCAGUGAGGUGGUUUUGGGUCCAGUCACCAAUGUGUACCUGAAGAACCUGUCACCCUUAACUGAAUACACCGUUGCGGUUUUUGCUCUCUACAAUUCUGGUCAAUCAGAGGCGCUCAGUGGCGGAUUCACUACAAAGCUUGUGCCAGCCCCGUUCAGCAUGAUGACAUCAGAGGUGACCCCAGAGAGUUUCCGGGUCAGCUGGUCACAUCCUGCCAGAGAUGUGGUGCUCUAUAAGAUGGCCUGGUCACCUACUGAAGGAGGAGAAGAAAGAGAGAUGAUGCUGAAUGGAGCUGUGGACUCGUAUGUGAUUCAAGACCUGAGUCCUUUUACAGAGUAUAAGGUGUCACUCUCAGCCAUCUAUAAAGACGAAACGGAGAGCAGCGCUGUGGUUGUGCUUGAGAAUACAUUGGACUUGACCACGGAAGUUCCCACCACUUUUCCCUCCACUACACCACUUGUUCAUCUGGGAGUGAGUAACCUGUGGGUGGACGAGGAGACCCCCUUCAGUAUGCAAGUGAACUGGGAGGUGCUGGACUUAGACGUGGAGCAGUACAAAGUGACAUAUGUCAGUGCAGACCGCACAGAAGAAACAGUGUUGGUCUUGGGAAACAGAAGAAGCGUGAUCCUGCAACCUCUCCUCUCAGACACGAGGUACAAGAUCACAGUGACCCUUUAUGCAGAUGGAGAGUCCACAGCUCUAUCCAAGACCUCGAUCGGCAAAACGCUGGCACUUUCUGGACCCAGUAACCUCAGGGUGUCUGAUGAAUGGUAUAAUCGCUUCCGCAUCAGCUGGGACGGCCCUCAGUUCCCCACUAUGGGUUACAGAGUCAUCUACCAGCCCAUCUCUGUGUCAGGUCCGGCUCUUGAGACGUUUGUCGGGGAUGAUGUGAACACCCUGCUGAUCCUCAAUCUGUUGAGUGACACGGAGUACAGCGUUCAGGUCAUCGCCUCCUACACCACCGGCUCCAGCCAACCCCUCACCGGCAAUGGCAAAACAUUGUUCCUGGGGGUGAACAAUCUCAGCACGUACCAGGUGCUCAGUAGCAGCAUGUGCGCCCAGUGGCAACCUCACCGCCACGCCACCCUCUACAGAGUCGUCAUUGAGUCGCUGCUCGGCGAUGAGAAAGAGGAAGUGAGGCUUGGUGGCGGUACAUCCAGACAGUGCUUCUUCAAUCUUUCCCCCAACACCCAGUACAAGAUCAGCGUCUAUACUCUUUUACAGGACACAGAAGGUCCUGCCGUCACCACCAUGGCGACUACUGCUCCAGUACCCACCCAGCCACCAACCGCACCACCCACCACGAUCCCUCCUCCCACCAUCCCUCCAGCCAAAGAAGUUUGCAAAGCAGCCAAGGCAGACCUGGCCUUCCUUGUAGACGGCUCCUGGAGUAUCGGAGAUGACAACUUUCAGAAGAUCAUCCGUUUCCUGUACAGCACAACUGGCGCGCUUGAUGUGAUUGGCCCCGAGGGAACACAGGUGGCCAUUGUUCAGUUCAGUGAUGACGCCAGGACUGAGUUUAAGCUCAGCUCCUACAGCGAUAAGGAGGCUCUGCUGGACGCUGUGCAGCGCAUCACCUACAAGGGAGGAAACACCAAGACAGGUCGAGCCAUUAAGCAUGUGAAGGAGACCAUCUUCGCUGAGGACGCGGGAGUAAGGAGGGGCAUACCUAAAGUGCUGGUGGUGCUCACGGACGGGCGAUCUCAAGAUGAUGUCAACAAGAUCUCUAAGGAGAUGCAGAUGGAGGGCUACAUCAUCUUUGCCAUUGGCUUCGCUGAUGCUGACUAUGGGGAGCUAGUGAACAUCGCCAGCAAACCCAGUGAGAGACAUGUGUUCUUUGUGGACGAUCUGGAUGCCUUCAAGAAAAUUGAAGAACAGCUCAUAACUUUUGUUUGUGAGGCUGCGACUGCCACUUGCCCCUCGAUGUUAAUGAGCGGGAACACUUUAGCUGGCUUCCGUAUGAUGGAGAUGUUUGGUUUGGUGGAGAAGCACUAUAGCAGUGUGCAAGGUGUCUCAAUGGAGCCUGGGACUUUUAACAGCUACCCCUGCUACCGUUUACACAAGGACGCCCUCGUCUCACAGCCUACCAGGUAUCUACAUCCUGAAGGCCUUCCCUCUGACUACACUAUAUCUAUGCUGUUCCGCAUACUGCCUGAAACUCCUCAGGAACCCUUUGCAUUAUGGGAAAUCCUUGACAAAAACAAUGAGCCACUGGUGGGCAUUAUCCUGGAUAACGGAGGGAAAACAUUAACCUUUUUCAAUUACGACUACAAGGGAGAAUUUCAAACGGUGACUUUCGAAGGAAGUGAAAUCAAGAAGAUUUUCUAUGGCAGUUUCCAUAAGCUUCAUGUGGCCAUCAGCAAAACUGCUGCUAAAGUGGUGAUCGACUGCAAAACGGUGGGAGAGAAAUCCAUCAAUGCUGCCGGGAACAUCACCAUUGAUGGAGUGGAGGUUCUGGGACGCAUGGUCCGCUCACGUGGAAGAAGAGAUAACUCAGCGCCGUUUCAGCUCCAGAUGUUUGACAUAGUCUGCAGUACAUCAUGGGCCAGUCGGGAUAAGUGCUGUGAGCUCCCAGGCUUGAGAGUAGAAGAGGACUGUCCUGCCAUGCCCCACGCCUGCACCUGUGCUCAGGAUAGCAAAGGACCACCUGGACCCUCAGGACCACCGGGCGGUCCUGGUAUCAGAGGUUCAAGAGGAGAUCGUGGGGAGCCAGGCUUGACGGGGCCUCAAGGGCCACCUGGUGAGAUCGGACCUCCAGGACCACAGGGGCCGCCGGGUCCUCAGGGGCCGAAUGGACUGUCCAUUCAGGGGCCACCGGGGGCUUCAGGAGAGAAAGGAGAGAAGGGUGAAAUAGGUCUGCCAGGUCCUCAGGGUGUACCGGGUGCCAGUGGAGGACCAGGCCGAGAUGGACCUCCAGGACAAAGAGGCCUACCAGGUAAAGAUGGACCCCAGGGACGACAGGGCCCCCCAGGACCAAUGGGAAGCCCUGGAGCACCUGGGGCUCCAGGACCAAGUGGAUCUACAGGGCAAGUUGGUGAUCAGGGGCCACCUGGGCCUCCCGGUGCAAAGGGCGAACGAGGAGAGAGAGGUGACAUGCAGUCUCAGGCCGCUGUCCGUGCCAUAGCGCGACAAGUUUGUGAACAGCUCAUUCAGAGUCACUUGUCUCGCUACAACUCUAUUCUCAACCAGAUUCCCAGUCAGUCUGUUUCGGUACGAACAGUACCAGGUCCACCGGGUGAGCCUGGUCGGCAGGGACCUCCGGGGCCUCAGGGAGAGCAGGGUCCUUCUGGCAGACCAGGAUUCCCUGGAGCCAGUGGGCAAAAUGGCCGCCCAGGAGAGAGAGGUCUCCCAGGAGAAAGGGGAGAAAAGGGCAGUCCAGGGAUAGGGACACAAGGCCCUCGUGGUCCUCCAGGGCCCCCAGGGCCUCCUGGAGAAGGUCGGACAGGAAGUCAGGGUCCUCCAGGGAGACCUGGAAUUCAGGGCUCCUCAGGGCGUCCAGGUACCCCUGGUAGCCCUGGUCCUGCUGGACCCCCCGGCUACUGCGACCAGAACUCCUGCAUCGGGUACAACGUUGGAGAUGGCAACCGAUCUAAUUCCCCCAUGUUCCCAUAGUACAACAGUUACCCUCCAACCCCUACCAAAACUACGGCCCCGCCACCAACUACAACAACGACGAGGAGGAAGAGGACCCUUACGGUGGCUACCGUGCCUACCCUCCUCAGUACUACCAACCCAGCUAUCCUGACCCCCAUGCUGCCAGGUUUGGCCCCGCCCACCCUGGUGACACGGUGGGGAUGAGGUCACCUGACACGCGACGCUUCUCUCGCAGCACGGCCGAAGAGGGGAGCGUUGAUGAGAUGGAAGUGCAAGCGAAGGCCAAAUAGCUUGGGUGGCCAGCCCCGGUUUACCGACCGUCCACAUACAAACGCUUUUCACCAGAAUAUCCUGCAGGAUAGGACUGAGGGAAAUCCGAAAAGUGCCUGCUAUAUGCAUCCUUAUGGGGGUGGGUUUGUGGAGAAGAUUAGGAAAUGAAACUGUGCCAAUAUUCAUCCAGUGACUUUUCUGUCUUUUGUGAGGCUGCAUGUAGCCAAUGAGAUGAAAAGCAAGUUCAAAGAACGAACACUGCAAAAAAUCAUUUUCUCAAUCAGUAUUUUUUUGGUCUGGUUGUUUAGUACAGGUAUCUCAACUUAGGAAAAAGAAAAAAGAAAAGUUAAUAUAAUAAUAAUAUACAUUUUUUAAGAAAAUAUAAAUGACAUUUAUUCAAUAACUUAGUAUACAUUUUCUUAAAACAUUAUUAAAAUAAGUUACUUUAUAAUACUUUUUCAAAAGAAAAUGUAUACUUACACACACACACACACACACACACACAUAAUUGUCAUUUAGAGUGUUUUGAAAAAAUUAGUAUAAUUAUUGUAAAGAAAAAAUAUAUAAUUUUACAAUUACAUUUUAAUUGUCAUUUAGUAUACAUGUUCUUAAAUUAUUAUUAAAAAAUAUUUUAUUAUACUUUAAGAAAAUGUAUACUAAAUGACAAUUUUAUAUUUUUUUAUAAAACUAUAUACAGAAUGACAAAUAGUUAUUCAGUCAUU